CGCAAACUAGACGAGGAAGAAGAUUGUAAACGGAACGAACAGAGCGAUAAUGGUACCAUGAAAUUCAUCCAUCCGGAUGAGAUCGAUGUAAAACCCAAGAUUCCCGAAUUCAGUGCCGGCGAUGAAGCUGCAGUAUCCGAUAUGAUCAAGGAUUUGGAAUUGUUUCUUUCAGAUGCCAAAGGGUAG